UUUUAACCCACUUUGUGUCUCGUAUAUGUGCUCAGGUGUGUGUGUGUUGAUGUGAGACGCGUGUAGCCGGGUAGACUCCAGAGGACGAGGCGUUUCUGUCACAUGAGGAGGAGGAGGAGGAGGAGGAGGAGAGAGGAGAGAGAGGAAGGCUAAAAGAAAAACUGAAAUAGGCUUUUUUUUGACAGCUAGCAUCUAAGCUAGCUUGUUCAGUGUGAGUGUGUCCCUCCGAGGAGAAGAAGCCGAGCUGAAGAAGUGGAAGCGCAGGGCCCAGCUGCUCCGACUCCCCUCCGGGACUGUGCUCCUCUCCUCCGCCAUGGAAUGACAUAUUUUUUGGGGGAAAGUUUCUGCCUCAACACGUCAACCAUCGCCCUUUUUUCUGGAUCUUUGAAGGAGAGUUACACCUUGACAGACAUGCUGAUGACGAGGAUGAUGAUGAAGAUGAUGAUGAUGAGCAGUGAUGCCCAGCAGCAGAGGUUCAGCUCAUGACUGGAGAGCAUGAAGCAGCCAGGGAAGUGACCUCGGUGGACACUACAGGCCGUGGGUGCUACACACCGGCACCAUGGCAUCCAAGGAGAGACUCUACGAGGUCUGGAUGCUCUACUACACUAAGAGGGAUCCUGACUACUUGAAGCUAUGGUUGGAGAUUUUCAUCAGCUCCUAUGAGCAAUGCCUAGAUGUGGACUUUGAAAAGCCACCUUCAAGGCCAGAGGAGGUUCCCCCAGUUUUGACCCUCCUCCCAGACAACAUACUGCAGGUUUUGCGCCACCAGCUGGUGCAGUGCGUCCAGAAAGCCUCCGAUGGCCUGGAGCCUGAACAACAAAACCUGGCUCUGCUGCUACUCAAGUUCCUGAUCAUCAUCUGCAGGAACCUGUCCAACGUGGAGGAGAUUGGCACUUGCUCUUACAUCAAUCUCAUCAUCAACAUGACAACACUCUACAUUCAGCAGCUCAAGAGCAAGACCAAAGAGAAGGAGAUGGUAGACCAGAGUCAGGCGGAGGAGUUUGUCCGUCAUGCGCUGGCAUUCUGCGAAAGCCUCUACGACCCUUACCGCAACUGGAGGCAUCGAACCUGCGGGGAGCAGCUGGGUACAGUCGAGAGGAGCAGACAGAAGUACAAGGCAGCUCCACUCACUGUUGAGUUUGUUCCCUUCUUUUACCAGUGCUUCCAGGAGAGCGAGCACCUGAAGGAGAGUCUGAAAUGCUGCCUGCUGCACUUGUUUGGAGCCGUAGUAGCCGGUGAUCAGAGGAACGCUCUGCUUGCCAUCUCUCCGGCCACCAUGGAGGUGUUAAUGCGGGUGCUGGCCGACUGCUCCAUGGGUAGCUGCUCCUCAGACGAGGGCGAGGACUGGGACAGUGAGGCCCCCGACCGAAAGGCUCUGCUGACUCUGGGCUGCCUGCGAGAGGUUGUACAGCGCCUCCUGGCCUCCAGCUCAGAUCAGCGGCAGGUGGAAAUCGCCUCAGUCCUGGAAAACUACUUCAAGCUGCUCAACUCAGACCCGGCAGCUGUGGUUGCUGCUCUACAGCAGCAGCAGCAGGCCAAGGGCAGAGUGCCAACACUGGGCCGGCACUGGGAGAGCCGAUUUGUGGCGCUGCAAGUGAACAUGCUAGACACUAUCAGGGACAUGUUCCUGUGUUCAGACAGGCCAGUUCUACAAGCCAUCUUCCUCAACAGUAACUGUUUUGAGCAUCUGACACGACUGCUGCAGAACAGCAAGCUGGUUAAUGCUAGGUGCACGGCAGCAGACAAGGACCAGAAAGAUAUUACCAACAACAGGUUACUGACAGCAGAGAGGGACACUCAGGUGUUUCAAGGGCGACUAGACUCCCUCGCUGUAGCAACCAUCAAAGCCCUGACGACAGUGAUGCACAAAUCACCAGCUGCAAAGGAGGUAUUCAAGGAGAGGAUUGGCUACAAUCACCUGUAUGAAGUGCUCAUCUCACUCGGCCAACCAUCCCGACACCUUCUGAAGGAGCUGAUGAAUAUGGCGGUGGAGGGUGAGCACACCUCCGUGGGGCUCCUGGGCAUAAGUAAUGUGGAGCCCUUACUACUGCUGGUCCAGUGGCUCCCGGAGCUGGACUUAUCUGAGCUGCAACUUUUUACGGCCGAUUGGCUCCGACGCCUCAGCUGCCUUAAUCGCCAGACCCGUGCCACCUGUGUCAAUGCCACCAUGGUCAUGCGAGCACUGGCCGCUCUGGAAAGCCAUCAACGACUACAUCGAGCUUGUGCUGAGAGCCUACUGGGCCUGGUGGGCUCACUGGGUUCCCAGUCCUUGAGUGCCAGGGAAUUGCUGGGGCUCCUGCGCCUCCUCAGACCCCCAGAGUCCAGCCAAGCACACCCCUAUGUAAGUCCUGCCCUGAGAGCCCUCCUGGCCAUGGUACGCAAGCAGGGCUUGGAGAGUGCCAUGCAAUACUUUGACCUGUCACCCAGCAUGGCAGGCAUCGCAGUACCAACUGUGCAACGCUGGCCAGGCUCUGCCUUCAGCUUCCUUGCCUGGUUGUCACUUGACCAGGACCAGUUGGGCCCACCCAGCAAAGACAAGAGGAAACAGCUCUACAGCUUCUUUACCCCGGGAGGGACGGGGUUCGAGGCCUUUAUUAGCGCAGCGGGCGUGCUGGUGGUGGCCGUAUGCACCAAGAAGGAGUAUGUCACGGUUAUGCUGCCAGACAACUGCUUCUGUGACUCUCUCUGGCACAGCAUCGGUGUGGUGCAUGUACCAGGAAAAAGGCCAUUUGGACAAAGUCUUGUCUACAUUUAUGUUGAUGGUCAGCAGAAACUGUCUGCCCCUCUGAAGUAUCCCGCCAUGACAGAGCCAUUCACGUCCUGUUGCAUUGGCUCAGCAGGCCACCGCACCACGACGCCCCCGCCCUCCCAGAUUCCAGAUCCUCCCUUCUCCUCUGCCACCACACCCACCACUCGCUCCUCGCUGGGCGGCAUCCUGUCGCCGCAGACCUGGGGGGGACUGCUCGGGGGAAAGCCUGAGUCUGUGACUAAGCUCAUCUCUGCAGGGACACAGGACAGCGAGUGGGGGAGCCCCACAUCCCUGCAGGGACAGUUGGGGAGCGUCAUGGUCUUCCAUGAACCCCUGCAGCCCAAUCAUAUAAAAGCCUUCUGUAGUUCUGGUCCAAACUGCAUCUCUCCAUUCAAAGUCCAGGAGUCAGAACUUGGUGACCUCUCAACCAAAUUGCUGCUACACUACUCACCCAAGGCUUGUAGAAACCCCAUCUGUUUGGAUCUGUCUCCAAACAUGCUUCAUGGACGCCUAACUGGCAACAAAGUUGUCAACUGGGAUAUCAAGGAUAUGAUCAACUGCGUGGGUGGCCUGCCAUUGCUCUUCCCCAUACUGGAGCAGUUGGCACUGGUGACGCCUGACCAACAUGGCAGUGAUCCUGCAGCUGGGUCCGAUUUCAUCACCCCUGAUGUGACCACGCCAGCUGAUGGAGACUGGGUCAUUCUCCCAUCCAACAGAGCUUCAGAGGCUCGUCUGGAGAAGAAUCUGGUGGCCACCUUCCUGUUGGUGCUGAAGCACUUCCUGCAGAGACACCCAAUCAACCAGGAGAAUCUGCUCCACUCGCAUGGUGUGGGUACAUUGGGAGCACUGCUUCAAAAGCUGCCGGUGGGUCACGUAGACGUCAGCGUGCUCGUCGCUAUGCAGCUGCUGAUAGAGCAGGUGACGUAUGAGAAGAACCAGGCUCUGCUGCUGCAGUUUCACACACAUCUACUGUUCAAUUUCAACAUCUGGAACAAAGGAGACUUCCCUCUACGCAUUGGUCACAUCCAGUACAUGUCCACUGUCAUCAAAGACAACAGGAAACUGUUUAGGAAAAAAUACGGAGUCCAGUUUUUGUUGGACACCAUACGCCUUUAUUACGGGAAGAACAGUAAUAAAGACAGUGACCUGAGUGAGGAUGACAUUCGUACCAUCAGGGCAUCUCUCUGUGGCCUCAUCAAGUACUACAUCAGCAAGGGCAUGUCGCAGGAGGAGAUGCAAAGCAUUCUGGGAUACAUUGCUGCCAUCGGAGAUGAGGACCAGCUGUGCAGCCUGCUGGAGUUGUUGCUGAGCCUUUUUCAGAGCAGUCCGGCCAGGGACCAAAUCUUCCUGCUGCUCUUUGAGCCUGGGGCGGCUGACUCCUGCUACGCUCUGCUGCUGAACAGCAAACACUCAGACCGACUACGAGAGCUGGUCUUCAAGCUGUUUGAGCGCAUGUUGCGCUGCGAUCGCGUCUAUGAGAAGAACAAGCAGCGCUUGAGGCUGAGAGAGGUGGGCUACGCCGGCCUGUCGCUGCUCUUCUCCGAGCUUCACAUCACUCCGACCCUGAUCCGCUGUCUCCUCAACCAGGUCCUCCACACAGAUAACAUGGUGAACUACAAGGACCUGAUGUCUCUGGUGCAGCUCACUCAUCGGGCCGGAUCCACCGUACGCCUCCUCGUCUGCAAGAGGGUUUACCAGCUGCUUCAGUCCCAACAGGAUGCUGCCAUCCAGAUUUCAAAGCAGCAAUGUUGGCAAGACACCCUCAUGCGGCUGUACCUGCGGGGUGAAGGGUCCUUGCCACUGCGGAGUGCUGACACCGUCAGCACCUGCAGCCUGGACCUCAGUCGGCACAGCGGCAGCAGCAUCAGCCGCCUGGAGCUGCCGUUGGAGAGGAGGACACGGGCAGGCAGCGCUAGCCGCCUGGACCGGCUGGAAGAUGACCGGCUUAGCAUAGGAGACACGCGUUCUGUGGACAGCCUGGAGAACGGUGACAUCAUAUCACUGCUGGACACGCCGUCUUCCUCUGCCUCCACUGAGCCACAACUCCACGUCAAGCCCUGGGUGGUGGGAAAGUCAGGCGGCCUGACGCUGGAUCUGUCCCACCUGCAGGGCUAUGAGGGCGCGGAGAGUGGCAGCCAAACACCGGGGAGCAUGCCCAGUACUCCGUCGCCAGUGGAGACUUCAAAGCCUUUCCCAGGAAGCUCUGUGGAUCGAGAGGCAUCUUCAUCCCUGACUGAAGACAGCUUCCUCUUCAGUGACAACAUCUCAUUGGGGGAAUCCUUCAACAAUGCUGAGCGGGCUGAGGAGGAACUGUGCAACAUGCUGCUGGAGAUAGUGCUGUGCGUGAUGUGGCGAGGUGUAGAGGGUUCCGAUGAUUCUGCGUGGCUGGAGCGUGGCCAGGUCUUCUCAGCUCUCACCAAACUGGGAACUGCCAAUGAGCUGCUGCUGCCUGUCGACCAAAUCAAACUCAGUCUCAUGGAGCGUAUGUUGGAAUGGGCAGUGAGUGAUAACCGCGAGGCAUCAGCUGCCACGUUGCCACAACACACGGAGAACGCAGUGCGGCUGCUCCACAUGGUACAAGACUUCCUGCAAGCAGAGGGCCUGGUCAAUCCUGCUCUGUGGACGGAGAAGGUGUUGGAAGAGACAGUGACACUGAUGGACAGCCUCAUGGUGUGGUACUCCGCUGGCACCCAGUGGUUUCAGCUCUCCCAAGUUGGACUGAGAUUGUUGCUGGGCUUCAUGGCCCAGGAAGACCCUGAGGUGAGUGCCCUGGCCACGGCGAAGCUCAAUGGCGUCCUGCAGACUAAGGAGGUGUCCAGCCAGGACGAGGCCUGCUACCUGCUGGGGAAGGUGGAGAGCAUCCUGCGACGCUCCAUCCAGGAGCAAACAGAUGACACCUACUCUUUCUUGGUUCCUCUGCUGCGAACGCUGCUUUCCAAAGUCCACCGGCUCCUCUACAUGGAGCUGCACCUCCCCCAGCUUCCUGACACCAACGGAAGCCCGUCCUUCUUUGAGGACUUCCAGCUGUACUGCAACUCACCUGAGUGGCGCGUCUACCUCGACAAAUAUAUUAUUCCGUACAUGAAGCAGUAUGAAAUAGAAACAUUCAGCCAGGGCCAUGAGACCAUGGCUCUGUACUGGAAGGAGAGCUACGAGGCCUUCAUGGUCAGCCUGCAUAAGAGGGAGAGGGAGAGGGGCGAGAGCAAGAUCCGCUUCCAGGAGCAAUUCGUGGAGCCCUUCUCACGCCGUAGCCGUCAGGAGAACCUCCGCUACAACAGCAUGCUGAAGCAGCAGCACAGCCAGUACAGCGCUAGCCUCAGGCAGUGGAAGGCAGCACGGCGGGGCCUGGUGUGCGAGAGAGGCCCCUGGGCUGAAAGGCAGCAGGAUGAGAUGCACUGGAGGGUGUCCAGUGCUGAGAACUUCUCCCGCAUGAGGUUGAAGCUGGUUCGCAGUUACAACUUUGACUCUCACCGAGAGGCCAGCGCUCUGAGAGACAACCUGGGUGUCCAACAUCAGCGUGUAAACCCAGAGUCUCUGCUGCUGGAGGCUGUGAAGCAGGUCAAAGUCAGCGACCUGGAAGAUGACAUCCUGGAGCUGCCGGAGGACGACCCUGCUGCUGCUAACAACCAGGCUGAAGCAGAGGAGGCAGGCCAGAAGGAGAAGCUGGUGCUGUGGGAGGACUGUGAGUUGGUGACAGUGGUGGACGUGGUGCCCGGCCGCCUGGAACUCACCACCCAGCACAUCUACUUCUACGACAACAGCCAAGAUAAGGAGAAAGAGGAAGGAGUGGGCCACGACUUCAAAUGGCCCCUCUCUCAGAUACGAGAGGUCCACCUGCGCCGAUUUAAUCUGCGUCGCUCUGCUCUCGAGAUCUUCCUCAUCGACCAGACAAACUACUUCCUCAACUUCAAGAAAGAGGUGAGGAACAAAGUCUACAGCCGCAUGUUGCUGCUGCGAUCGCUCAGUCUCUAUGGAACUCGCUCACCACAGGAGCUACUCAAAGCCUCUGGACUCACACAGAAAUGGGUGAAUCGGGAGAUUUCCAACUUUGACUACUUGAUGCAGCUCAACACUAUUGCAGGCAGAACGUACAACAACCUGGCUCAGUACCCAGUGUUUCCCUGGAUUCUAGCUGACUACACUUCAGAGGAGCUGGACCUGUGUGAUCCUCGGGUGUUCAGGGACCUGUCGAAGCCAGUGGCCGUGCUUAACGAACGCAACGCCAAGGCUGUUAGAGAGAAGUAUGAAAGUUUCGAGGACCCAACAGGCACCAUCGACAGGUUCCAUUAUGGCACCCACUACUCAAACGCAGCCGGGGUGAUGCACUACCUCAUCCGAGUGGAGCCCUUCACAUCAUUGCACAUCCAGCUGCAGAGUGGACGGUUUGACUGCGCAGACCGUCAGUUCCACUCCAUCCCAGCGACGUGGCAGACCCUGAUGGACAACCCCAAUGACGUCAAGGAGCUCAUCCCUGAGUUCUUCUACUUCCCAGAAUUCCUAGAGAACCAAAAUGGUUUUGAUCUGGGUCGCCUGCAGAUCUCCAAAGAACGGGUGAACCAUGUCAUCCUUCCCAAAUGGGCCAAGUCCCCCGAGGACUUCAUCUACAAGCACCGCAAAGCCCUGGAGUCAGAGUAUGUAUCAGCACACCUUCAUGAGUGGAUUGAUCUGAUCUUUGGCUUCAAGCAGAGGGGCCCUGCAGCGGUGGAGGCCCUCAAUGUCUUCUACUACUGCACAUAUGAGGGGGCCGUUGACCUGGACGCCAUCACGGAUGAAAAGGAGCGGAAGGCCGUGGAAGGCAUGAUCAGCAACUUUGGACAGACACCCUGCCAGUUGCUCAAGGAGCCUCACCCAGUGCGUCUGCUUCAAGAGGAAGUGGAGAAGAGGAAAGCUCAACUGGACUCGUCUCCUCUCAGCUUGUUCGAGCACCUCAGUGACCUCAAGUCCUUCUUUGUCGAGGGCAUCAGUGAUAAUGUGCCGAUGGUUAAGGCUGUGGUGCCAAAGAAUCAGUCUCAUUCCUUUAUCACCCAAGGGAGUCCUGACACUAUGGUGACGGUGAGUCAGAACUGCCUGGUUGGGACCCAUGGGUGGCUGCCUUACAACAAGAAUAUAUCCAACUACUUCACCUUCAUCAAGGACCCCACAGUGUCCAACACCAAGACGCAGCGUUUCCUGUCAGGACCCUUCGCCCCUAGCGUAGAGGUAACAACAGGGCUGUUUGUGGUCUCCCAUGAUGGCAAGUUGCUCUUCAGUGGUGGACAUUGGGACAACAGCCUCCGGGUGACUUCACUGGUCAAGGGCAAGACUGUGGGGCAGCACAUCCGCCACAUGGACAUUGUGACCUGCCUGUCAACAGACCACUGUGGUAUCCACCUGAUCUCCGGCUCCAAGGACACAACCUGCAUGGUGUGGCAGGUUCUCCAGCAGGGUGGAGCUCCUGUGGGUCUCUGCCCCAAACCAGUUCAGGUUCUGUACGGACACACAGAUGAGGUGGUCAGCGUCAGUAUCAGCACAGAGCUGGACAUGGCUGUGUCUGGAUCACGGGACGGGACAGUGAUCAUCCACACGGUGCGUCGUGGUCAGUACAUGCGUUGCUUACGACCGCCCUGUGAAAGCUCCCUGCCGCUCUCCAUCCUCCACCUGGCCGUGUCCUGGGAGGGUCACCUGCUGGUCCACACCUGCCUCGAGGGCAAAGCUACACUUAAGGAUAAAAAUGCUCUUCAUCUUUACUCUGUGAAUGGAAAGCACCUCUGCAGUGAGCCUCUGAAGGAGCAGGUGACUGAUAUGUGUGUGUCAGGGGAGUAUGUUGUCCUCGGCAGUGAGCAGGGAUACCUCUCCAUCCGUGACCUCUACAGUCUAUCUCUGUGUGCGGAGCCCAUUGCCAUGCGGGUGCCGGUGCGUUGCGUCUCGGUCACCAAGGAGCAGAGCCAAGUCCUGGUGGGUCUGCAGGACGGCAAGCUGAUAAUUGUGGCCGUGGGAAAGCCAGCGGAGAUGCGUUCGGGCCAGAUCACACGGAAGCUGUGGGGCUCCAGCAGGAGACUGACCCAGAUCUCUUCAGGGGAGACUCUCUACAAUACCCAGCACGACCACAACUGACCCAUCCCAGUCCCCAAUGUCCCUAAACCCUCCCCUCCACGCACAUCCCACAUUCCUCACCCGGUUUGUCUCCAUACUUGUCACCAAACACGUUGCCUCAUUCUAUCCUUAGGAACCCCCUCUGUUCCUCCAGCACCUUUCCACAGUUUAAACAGGCAGUGGGAAGAUGCUUUGAGGUGCUUGAGCAUCAAUUAUCACAAAGUGUGCACAUACAUGUGUCUGUGCAUGUAGUCCUGCGUUGGAUUGACCGUACGGCGCUGGCGUUGUCGUUCAAAUCCAGCAGCAGCACCAGCCUGAGCAUCACCUCGCCACUACCCGUGACUUCUCUCUUCAUCCCUCAGCUUCUCAUUGAUUUAUUUACAUCACACUACACAAUAUCGUUUCUGUUUCCUGUUGACAGAGGCACUGUAAAUUCUCUAAAAUCUGACAGGAUCUGUCAGCUAACUGCAAGAGAGUGUGUGUGUGUGUGAGAGUGUGUGUCCGCAGUGUGUUACCAUGCUCUAGAUAAAGAUAUAGUUUCAAGUGGCCUUGUUGCAUCCCCUUAGUUUGCCAUUGAUGCAGACAGUGCUCCUUAGGCCGAGACUUUUCAUUGCCUCAAAGCUGGCACACAGCAGCCUUAUGCAGUACGACAGCUCCAUCACUCAUAAGACCAAACUCUCUGCCUUUCCCAUGGGCUUUUAUACGUGUGUGUAUCUGUGAUUUUCAUAUCUUCAGGGUUUUUUUUGUGGAUUUCUUUGUUAUCUUGACAAAUUUAUGCAUGUGCAACUUGGCAUCUGUUCGUACACAUGGUGGUCUCGGACCAUUUUGAGGAUAAGUAGGAGACACGGUGAUGGAGAUGGUCUUUUUUUUUAUGUUUGGACAUCGGUGACUUGUUUUGUUUAAGAAACAAACCCGCAAGAGACGGCAUCUGUCUUUCGUGUUAGCACGUCUCUUAAGAUAUAGUUUUGUAAGAUAAGACAAAAGUGAAACACUACAUUCUAAAGUUUCCAUGUGAAGAUUUAUCACAGCAGUUCUCGUGUCACACAUAUCCCUCCGUGCUUCAUAGAAUGUUUUUUAAAUUACUUGAAUCCGUGUUUAUUUAUAAGUAAAAGUAGCAGUCUUUUUUUUUUUUUAAUCUCACUUUCGUCUCCUGAAUAUAAAGACACCGGCACAUUUUAAAAACACUUCUGACUGUUCAGACACCUGGAAAAGAAGGAGAAAGAAGAAAUCCUCAAGGGCUCUAUGAGAUGUCAGUGUUAACAGCAAUAUAGCUCCUUCGCCGGGUGCCUGUCGAUGAUUUCUUCCAGUUUUUUCCCUAAACAUGUCACUCAACCAGCCCUCUGCUGUAUCUCCGUCCUCCUGUAGAUGAACUGGGAGAGAAAUGCACCCUUACUCUCUCUCCUUUCCUUCCAACUGCUCUAACUUGUUCCGACUAUUAUCAUUUAUUUUUUUCACAUCUCAUUCUCCUUCCUGCUCAUUGUGGGGUUUUUUUUUUAUAUCCGGGGCACCAAGAAGGUUUUUCUCGCCUUGUUCAGGUGGGACGUGUUGUUCUUGCGUCUUUACUCUUGUCACGUCUGAAUCAAACACAAACCACAGUAUGACGUGUCUAUGGUUAAGAAUGUGUUGAUUCCUAUUUUUGCACCAUAAUUGUGUGUGUGUGUGUGUGUGGGUGUGAGAGAGAGAGAGAUAGAGAGUGUAUGUGUGUGUGUGUGUGUGAGGCCAUGCUACUGAGGCAUGUUUAUUUUUUUAUAUCCAAAUUCUUGAUUUCAUCAUACAUGUUGAUAUGGUGUCUCUGAUUGUGUGAGCGUCAGCAGCCCCCUGGUUGCUUUUGGCUCACUUGUGGGUUUGGCCUUGGACACAGGGUUGCUCUAAUGGUUCUCUCGUCUUCUCUCUCUUUCUUUUUUUUUUAUGUGAUUUUGUAUUUAGUCCUUAUUUAAAAGUCACAGCAAAGCGUCGUGCAGAGACCAAUCUGUGUCCUUCUUUACGAGAUUUCUGUCUUUCAUUCGUCCACGUUUGUCAUUCAGACAAAAGACCACUGUUUGAGUUGUUCCACGACUGCAACAAACGGAGUGCCUUUAUCCCAGUGUGAUGUUAGAUUAGAGUUUUUUCUUUUUCAUUACCGAAGCCCGAAGCUUAUUGUCCCUGUAAAUCAAAAAUCAAAGCAGCAUUCCACAAGUUAAACCUCCACCGUUUUUCAUGGGGAACCAAGAAAAUAGGACUUAGAAGCAAAAUCAAAAAAGUACUAUUUUGUGUCUUAGCAACUCUUCUCUGUGACUGUCACCAAAUGGAUGUGUGUAUAUCUGUGAUUAUUUAUGGAUACGGUAUAUAUAUUGUACAGCAUGAUUUUUAUUUCAUCCUAUUUGAAAUGUACUUUUGCACUUUCCAGGUACUAAAUUGUAACAAAUUGUUUUAACUUGGCUCCCUAAUCUGUACAAACUGCUUUGUAUACACAAGUGGAAAUGAUUAUUAAAAAUUAAAGUCUUGUCUAAAUUUAA